AUGGCUCAUCCACACCACAUUCCAACCUCUAGGAUGUCACCACCCCGUUUCGCCACAAACAGUGAUGCCAUUGAGGUGGGGCCUCAAUUCCCAGUGAUCAAUGACCGCACUGAGCAACAUUCAGGUUUUGAGCAACAGUCCUUCAAGAGGGCAAGAAUGAUUGGUAACAAUCGUUCUGAUGCAUUUCCGUGCCCUCCUCCUAGGGUGAUGCAGCCUCCACCUCAAUUGAACAGAGGAACUGGCCACAUUUUCUACAAGACCCGCACUUGUACCAGGUUCUCGUUCGGCAAUUGUAGGAACGGUGACAAUUGCAACUUUGCUCACGGGGAGGAGGAGCUAAGGCAGCCACCACCAAACUGGCAAGACUAUGUUGGACCGCGCAACGCACCCAAGGAGGAUCGUGUGCAGGUAGGGAACUGGGAUGAUGAUCAAAAAAUCAUCCAGAAGAUGAAGCUGUGUAAGAAGUUUUACAAUGGUGAGCAAUGUCCUUAUGGUGAGAAGUGUAGUUUUCUUCAUGAAGAUCCUGCUAAGUUUAGGGCUGAUUCUUGGAAAUCAAGAGAGUGUUCUGCAAUAAGCAUUGGGACUGUUGGUUCCCCAAAGUCUUUUGGGGAUGGUUCUGAUAACUUGGAAGGCAAUAGUGGUGUGACAAAGCAACCAAGGGGCACUUAUUGGAAGACUAAGCUGUGUACCAAGUGGCAGAAUACUGGAAGCUGUCCCUUUGGUGAUGACUGUCACUUUGCUCAUGGAGAAGCAGAUUUACAAGCUCCUGGUGGAGGCAUUGAAGCUGAAGCUGCAGUUGCCAUAGCAAAUACUACAAAAGCUCCCGUUCCAGCUUCACCAAAAGCCUUGUCAGUUUCUGUUGCCAAUGUUGAACCUGUUGCCCUCCCAGCAAGUCUACCUGUAGCAAUGGAGGUGGAAAUGGAUGAGAAAGCUAAGAAGAUCUUGUCAAGAUCCAGAUUAAAGAACAAGAAGUUGUUUGGCCUUUAUGCUGACUGGAUCAAUGACAUAGGUCCUCUUCCCAAUCCCAACUAUCCAAGUCCAAUGGAAAAUUAAGUUUAAAAUUUUUCUCUUGGAAAACCUCUCUGCUGACAGAAUUUAUGAAACAUACAGUCACCAGUGAUGGUGAUUACAUAGAUUUUUUAUUUUUUAGUUCUUACUGGUCAUUGAUACUAUUUUAUGGUCAAAGACAUGUGCAUUUGUCA